CUCCUCUUUUUACAGCUUUGCGUCCUUUUCUUCUCGCCCCAUUUUUAGUUUACGUGUUUUUACUGUAGUUAACUGGUGGGAUGGUGGGAGCAUAGCUUUUUUCCAGAAGCUUGUAUUUGGUGGUGGUGACAUUUUACAGCGAGUGGAGAACAAAGCAGCUGCUGCAGACAGAGCAGUCUCUGCUUAAAUGCUUCCCUUAUUGAGAAUCUUGCUCUUUUUCUGAGAUGGAGCUGGUGUCUGAGAAGCUUAGCUGAGGUUACAUGGGGUUGUGUGGGCACAGUCCCUUCUUUCUUUCCAUGCAUGCAGGUGGAUAGAACAGUAUGCAUUUACAUUUGGCACUGAAAGAUGUUUUAUUUUAUCCCGUGAGAAGACGGCGCCAAAGGUCCGUCCUCUUAAGGAAUAAUGGAUUUUAAGAGAUUUCCUCAACAGUGAUAUUUUAAACUGCUGACACUAACGAAAGAUGAGUCCAACCUGCAUUUUGGAUACGUCAUUUCUUCCCUUUGUCUCUCCUCAGCUGAGCAGUUAACUUAAGAACAAACAUGGAGGUCUCUAACCCCCUGAAGAUGUACGGCCUGUACCUGGAAGCAGUGAACGAUUACAUCAAUGAAUCCUAUGGAGAGGACGUGUGGAGGCUGAUCGAGAACCGGGCGGAGAUCCCCCACCUCAAGUUCAACCGGCAUCAGAUGUACAAUGACAACCUGAUCCUGCGGUUGGCGAAGGCAGCGGGAGAGGUUCUGGGAAAGACCCACGAUGAGCUGAUGUACGCCUUCGGGGUCUACAUGGUGAAGAGGAUCGGAAACUACGGAUAUGAGCGGAUCCUAAAGGUUUUGGGGCGAAACGUGCGCGACUUCAUCAACGAGCUGGACAACCUGCACGAGUACUUUCGCUUCUCCUUCCCCAAAGUGCAGCCGCCCAGCUUCUGCGUGGAGGAGGAGUGCGAGACGAGCCUCACGCUGCACUACCGCAGCACCCGCAAGGGCUUCACCCAGUUCGUCAAAGGCCAGCUCUCUCAAGUGGGACGGCAGUUCUACAACACGGACAUCGAAGUGGAAAUCCUGUCCAAAGAGGAGACGGAGAAAAUGACGUAUGUGGUUUACAAGAUGAACUUCGACAACGCCGCCUUCAAACAUCGCAUGCCGCAGCAGAUGACGGCGCCGGGCUACGAGAAGCUGCCAAUGAAGCGAGGCAUCUUUUUUGUCAUGUUCCCCUUCAGCGUCAUCUUCCGCCGCGACAUGAUCAUGUACCGCAUCGGCGACGGCCUCAAAGAGGUCUUCUCCGACCUCCAGGGCAAGAAGGUGGACGAGGAGUUCACCCUGAUCAGACCCAUGCUGGAGUUCAGCUGGGAUAACAUCUACACCCAUUUGAACAACGUGUUUGAGCUGCUGACGGUAGCGGUGGUGGAGAGCAAGCAGAAGGUCAACCUCACAACGUCACAGGAAGAGAACGAGAAGGCGAGGGAAGAAGAAAGAGAGCCCAACCCAGUGGAGGAGAAGAAGGGCACGGACCAAGAGCACAGCAGCGCUCUCACCCAGUACAACAGCUGCGCCAACUCCGGCGGGGAGGACAUUGAACUGCUGGCGUUCCAGACCAUCACCGGUCAGAGCCUUUUUCUUCUUCUUCUUCUCCUCGCAUGUAUCCGAUCGCUCCCGAUCCUGUUGACCUGUCCCUCGUGGUUCUCCUCAGGAAAGUGCAGUGAGACCAUCUUUGAGGACCUGCGAGAGCCUCCGAAGAAACCCCUCCACCUGAAGGGACAGAUGAAGUACGUCCCCCAGUGGGACUCCCUCAUCUUCCUGGGGACACCCAUUAUAGAGACAGUGGAGGACAUGAUAAAGAUGGGUGUGUACGUGAAUGAUCUGAACCUGCACGACUCCAGCAGAGAGCUGAUCUUGGCCGGGACACAGCAGUCGGCUGAGCUGCAGCUGGCCCUCGACCAGGAGCAACAAAAAUAUGCUCAGCUGCAGGAAACCAUCAAGAAGCUGGACGAGGAGAAGAAGAGAGGAGACUCUUUGCUGUACGCCAUGAUCCCUAAAGCCGUGGCCGACCGCCUCAGGAAGGGGGUCACUGCACUGGAGACAUGCCAGGUCUUCCCAGAUGUGACCAUCUUGUUCAGCGACGUGGUCAAGUUCAAUGAGAUCUGCAUCCACAUCACACCCAUGCAGGUGGUGGACAUGCUCAAUGAGAUCUACAUCGUCUUCGACACACUCAGCGAGAAGCACAACGUCUACAAGGUGGAGACGAUCCGUGAUGCCUACAUGGUGGUGGCCGGCGUGCCCAACAAGACCACCUUCCACGCGCACCACAUCUGCGACAUGGCCCUGGACAUGCUGAGCUCCAUCGACCACCUCAAAGACCCCUCCACCGGAGACAACAUCACGAUCAGAGUCGGUGUUCACUCGGGUAUGGUGGUAGCCGGCGUGGUGGGUCUAAAGAUGCCUCGCUACUGUAUGUUUGGCGACACCGUGAAUACAGCCUCGAGGAUGGAGAGCAAUGGAGUGGGCAUGCAGAUACACAUCAGUCAGACCACCAAAGACAACCUGGAGCACGAGCCCUACAUCAUCGAGGAGAGGGGCAAAAUCUUUGUGAAGGGUAAAGGCUACAUGAAGACCUACUGGCUGAAAGGAAAGGGGGAUCUGUCGUUCAAGACCCCGGCGGAGAUGCGCUACAGCGGGGAGCCGAAGGACUCGGAGGACAGGAGCUCUAAUGGUUCCACAAGCACCAACGCCAAGCGCAUGGGCUCCAACCUCAACAUCGGCGGCAGCGAGGAGCAAGCUGAGCGGAAGCCCAGCACCGGCGACCUCCCGCUGGACGCCCUGUCCCCACCAGAGGUCGCCAUCGAGCCCCCCGCCGUUUCCGCCGAGCCUCAGGAGAAGGAGAGAGCCAAAACGACUAAGAACAACAAGGGGGCCAAGCUGGACGUGCCCCACGGGGACGCGAUGCCCGAGUGUUCGUCGCCCGCCGACGGGCCGGAGAACCCGGCUCCUCGGCUCAGCAUGAAGAGGAACAGCUUCAGGGAGCAGUACGCCAAGCUGCCCGCCAAGCUGCCCAUGCGCAGCGCCUCCUGCUCCAUUCUGUGAGCAGCCGGUCGCAGUGGGAGAGAUUACAAGGCGACUCCGACACGUGACGAGGGUGUGAUACGGAAAAUAUCAUUAACGUUUAAAUCUGGGGGCAAAACAAAAUUGUUUUUCAACAUUCACGGCCACCGACGAACUGCAUUUUAACGCCUUUUGAAUGCCACGUCAAGCCGAGGAGGUUGUGAUUUAUUGAUUAAAAUAAGAGUGAAAUGGCAACUUAAACUGAUGACCAACACUUUUAAACACAUUUAAAGAUCUCCUACUUAAGUCCCUUUUUAUUAAGGUAAAAACGUGCUUGAUAAUUGGAUGCAGUUAUCUGAUUGCAAGAUGCACUCAAAGUCACUGCAUUUAAGUUUACUUGAGGAAAAGCAGCAUGUUGCUGCUUUGUCUCAUUGAUGACAUGCAGCUAAAGAACUUGCCUUGCAUAGAAAUUGGGAAAGUACUUCUUCUUUCUUCUUCUUUUUAUAAGAAUACUUAAAAUGUGAAGGUUUCACAACCUGUUUCACAACAUGCCUUCCUUCUGUCGCCUGUUUGUUUAGAAAAAAAAAAAGGAAGUGCAAUUUCCUCUACACGAAAACAGUGCACACACAGAGAACCAGAGGACUUUAAAACUGUACUCCAAGUGUUGACAGCCAUGACCAUGACUUUAUUUGCCUUUAUGCUAUUUGCUGUAUCGUUCUACAAGACAUUCACCGAGUCACUGCUGCAGAAAUGAUGUCACAAUGACAACAAAAUAUACAGGAUGCUGUGAAAAAUGAAAGGGAGCCAUUUUGUGAGCGGCCUCACGCGGACGGCUCCAAUGAACUCACUGAGAGCAGACGUCAUCAGAGGGUGCAGUUUAAAUUAGGCAUGUAGUAAUUCCAUAGGUAUUUGGCUGGACCUUCACAACAUUGUGUUUAAGAGUUUUGGUUCUACGUUCUGUAUGUAGUAUGACUGCAUUUCACUGUUUGAUAGUGUUUGUUUAUAUAAAAACUACAUGUACAGCCA